AUGUCUGUCCGCGGGGUGAACUGCCCGCGGCUGCGGGAGGCGGCCCGGGAGGCCCGGGAGCAGCACCGGGCGCCGGCGGCGCGGCUGCCGCUCGCGGCCUGCCCGCCGCGCGGCGGGGGGCCCACGGCGGAGGAGCAGAGGAUCCCUUCGAUGUCAGCCAGUACCACGCUCAGCCCGACCAGCGCCACGCUCAGUCCGUCGUUCGCGCAGAGGUCUGGGAGCGUCCACAGCAGCCCGAAUAGGAAGGGGUGCGCCACGGUGAAUGCGGACAAGCUGUCUUCCAAUAUGAGCAGGGCCGAGAUGAUCAUGAAGGCCAUGGAGAAGACUGGGAUACGUGAGGACUCACACCAUCGCUUGUCGCAGUUCGCUGGCGACAAUCGGCAGAAGAGGAACAGGCUCAUGAGGCACGCGAAUACCAUGAAGAUGCGGAGCAACGAGGGCGAUAUCGGCGUCGUGGGCAGAGUGGUGAGGUCAAACUAUUUCGACUUUGCCAUCACGCUCGUCGUGCUCCUGAACGCGCUGAUCAUAGGUGCAGAAGUGCAGCACAACGCGGUCUCGGACGAAAGCACGGGGAUGUUCGAUACCCUUGAGUACGUCUGCGCGUUCGUUUUUUUUCUCGAGCUUUGCGUGCGCUUGCUUGUGCACCGCCUCAAGUUCUUCACCGACCCACUGGAGCGCUGGUGGAACAUGUUCGAUUUCUUCUUAGUGGGUCUGUCCUUGGUCGACGUGGCCCUCAGUUCUGGCCUGGCCACUGGCGGCACAUCUGGAUUGCCUGGGGCGUUCAUGGGCAAGCUCGCGAGGGUGAUGCGCCUGCUCCGCAUCACGCGCAUCGUCCGGGUGGUGAGGAGGCUGGCUCAGCUCCGAGUGAUGCUGAACAUGAUCAUUAAUUCUAUGAUAUCGCUCUUUUGGGUCAUGGUCAUCAUGUUGGGCAUGAUUUACGUGGUCUCCGUGAUCCUCACGCAAGGAGCCACCGACUACCUGAAGGAUCCCACAGCUCCUAAAGAAACAUCUGAGUACGCUCAGGUGCUGGGUAUGUACGGAUCGCUGUUCAACACGAUGUACACACUUUUCCAAUGCAUGUCUGGAGGGAUUAGCUGGGGCAUGGCGUCAGAGCCCAUGCGUGGCCCAGGUUGGUUGCUCGAGGCUAUCAUCAUUAGCUAUGUGUUCUUCAUGGGGUUAGCGGAUUGUUAA